ACGACCAGCCGCCCAGAUGCAGUUUCGACUUUUCUCCUUUGCUUUGAUCGUGUUGAACUGCAUGGACUACAGCCACUGUCAGACACAGGCGCAUCGCUGGAGGAGGAACAAAAGAGCUAGCUAUGUUCACCCUAUUUGCAAAGGAUGCUUGGUGUGUUCGAAGGACAAUGGGUGUAUGACAUGCCAGCCCAAGCUCUUCCUUUUCCUGAGGAGGGAGAGGAUAAGACAGUAUGGCGAGUGUCUCCACGUCUGCCCUUCAGGCUUCUACGGCACUCGAGGGCCAGAGAUCAACAUGUGUUCAAGAUGCAGGAUAGACAACUGUGAGACCUGCUUCAGCAAAGAGCACUGCACUAAGUGUAAGCCUGGUUUCUACUUACACAAAACUCACUGCUAUGAGAAGUGUCCGGAAGGCUUUGCACCUCUUGAUGACAGCAUGGAGUGUGGAGAGGGCUGUGAAGUGGGCCAGUGGAGCGAGUGGGGAACGUGCACCAGAGGAAACAAAAGCUGUGGCUUUAAGUGGGGACUGGAGACCCGCACAAGGCAUAUUGUGAAAAAACCACCAAGGGAUACAAUACCAUGUCCCACAAUUGCUGAGUCUAGGAGAUGCAAAAUGCCCAUGCGACACUGCAGAAAAGGGGGAUCAGGGAAGCACAAGUCCAAAGACCAGAAGAAGAAGUCUAACAAGAAGAGCCUGCGUGUCCGGGCCCAGCAUCACCACAGUGACCACCUGGCCUCGUCGAGGGCCAGCCAGUAAAGACUGAGAUCUCCAGGUGGAACGAAGAUCGGAAAGCUGCUAGCUGCUGCUCAGUACACACAUUCACAUGUACACACAUGCAAACCACACACACACACACACAGACAUACACACAUACAUAAUGCACAUACCAAGAAAUGCAGUCUAUCACACAUCCUUAAGCUGUUUAAACACACAUUCACACCUUCACUCGUGCGCUGUCUCUUGUACCUCCUGCUGCUUCCGUCGUGCCAGCGUCCCAACGCCUGACCCUACUUAUCAUCAUCGAACUGUACAGCAGCUGUUGGUACCCGGUCAGAGCUAGAAUAUGAAGAAAACAGAGCUAAACAAGGACUGAAGGAGUCAUGGACUUGUUGGAGGAUGAGCAGAAAGUCAGAGAGAGCAGGAGAUGGAAGGUGUUCAGAUGGAGGUUAAGCGAAUGUCCAGAGAAGAGAGAGACUUGUCUAUAUUUAUGUAAAAUGUGCAUUUAUGGAUCCAGAGUGGCCUUUUCAGUUGGCUCUGUACAUUUUUUGAGAGUAAGCCAGUAUCAUGUGUAGUUACAAAGUAUUUUAUUCUCUGCACAAGAUGUUUACGUCCAGUCCGCUUUAUGCUCUAAUUGUAUAUUGUGGAUAAUUAUAAUGAAAAAAAAAUUGAGUUGUUCAGUUAGCAUGGUCACAAGCUCAUGUGUACAUAGUUGGUGAGUUCAUC